GAUGCCCAGGAAUUCAGCGAUGUGGAGAGGGCCAUUGAGACCCUCAUCAAGAACUUCCACCAGUACUCCGUGGAGGGGGGAAAGGAGACACUGACCCCCUCUGAGCUACGGGACUUGGUCACCCAGCAGCUGCCCCACCUCAUGCCGAGCAAUUGUGGGCUGGAAGAGAAAAUUGCCAACCUGGGCAGCUGUAACAACACUAAGCUGGAGUUCGGGAGUUUCUGGGAGCUGAUUGGAGAAGCCGCCAAGAGUGUGAAGCUAGAGAGCCCCGUCCAGGGGAGUUGAGAACUCGCCCUGGAGUCCUUGGGGGGUGUCAGGGAGAGACUGUGGGCCUGGAAAUAAAACUCUCCUCCACCACCACCCCUUUCCCCAAUCUGCACCUUCCUCGCCUCUGCAAGAGUCAGGGUCCUUCCCCAGGAUUUCUGCACU